AUGGCCUCCUCAGAUGGGCUGCAGUACCGGGCUCUCUACGAGUACAAGAAGGACCGGGAAGAGGACCUGGCACUGUGCCCUGGGGAUGUGCUGACGGUCAGCAGGGCCGGGCUGCUCAGCAGCCCUGACUACAAGGACGGGGACGAGCGCAGCCCCCAGGGUUGGCUCCAUGGCUUCAACGAGCGCACCAAGGAGCGCGGUGACUUCCCUGGCACCUACGUGGAGUAUCUGGGUCCGACACGCAUUGUCACCACCUCUACCAAGGCCAGGCCGCGGCCCUUGCCCCCACCACCCGCCGGGACCCCCACACCCUGGGGUGAGUGCUGGGGGAGCAAGAAUGUGGCAGAUCUGGCCGAGCACCCCACCCUCCCCGAGCAGGCGUUGCCAACCGUGGCCAGGCUCAUCGAGGCGUUGGAAAAACAAGGUCUUGACGGUGAGAUGCUCUACAGAUCCCCCCCAGGUGUGCUGGGGGAUGCUGAGCUGAAGCAGGCUCUUCUGGCAGAUGCCUCGGCUGUGGACAUGGAUCUGUACGAUGCUCAGACGCUGGCAGAGGCCCUGAAGUGGUACCUCCAGGAGCUCCCAUCGCCCCUGGUCCCCCCAGCCCUCUACAACGACUUGGUCCACAUGGCUCAAGACACCCCAGGCCUGGAGGAGUGUGGCCAGCGAGCCAGAGCCCUGCUGGCCCCCCCGGCCCUGCCGCAGCCCCAGGCACUGCUCCUGCAGCAGCUCACCCACCACUUCUGCCGCCUCUGCCAGGGCACUCGCAGGAGCCGCCUCUCACCCCGCCUCCUCGGGGAGCUCUUUGGAGAGCUGCUUCUCCGCCCCGCAGCAGCCAGCACUGAGGCAAGCCCUGAGCUCCGUGCAAGGAUCCUGGAGUCCCUCAUCAUGGCCGACGAGGUGGCAGAGGUGCCAGCAGCCCCUGCUCUUCCUCCAAAGCCCCCCAAACCAAUGACUCCAGUCAAUACAAAUGGAAUGAAGGACAACUCCAGUUUCUCUCUGCAAGAAGCAGAGUGGUACUGGGGGGACAUCUCAAGGGAAGAAGUAAAUGACAAACUACGAGACAUGCCAGACGGAACUUUCCUGGUACGUGAUGCAUCAACCAAGAUGCAGGGGGACUACACUCUGACCUUACGGAAGGGUGGCAACAAUAAACUGAUAAAGAUCUAUCAUCGGGAUGGAAAAUAUGGCUUCUCUGAUCCACUGACCUUUAAUUCAGUUGUGGAUCUGAUCAACCACUACCGCAAUGAGUCUCUGGCUCAGUAUAACCCAAAGCUUGAUGUGAAGUUGAUGUAUCCAGUGUCCCGGUACCAGCAGGAUCAGUUGGUGAAAGAAGAUAAUAUAGAUGCAGUAGGUAAAAAGCUUCAAGAAUACCAUGCUCAGUAUCAGGAAAAGAGUAAGGAGUAUGACAAGUUGUAUGAAGAAUAUACCAGAACGUCACAGGAAAUUCAGAUGAAGAGGACAGCAAUUGAAGCAUUUAAUGAAACUAUUAAGAUAUUUGAGGAGCAGUGCCACUCACAAGAGCGAUACAGCAAAGAAUACAUUGAGCGAUUUCGCAGGGAGGGGAAUGACAAAGAGAUUGAACGGAUAAUGAUGAACUAUGAAAAAUUAAAAUCACGUCUGGGUGAGAUCCAUGAUAGUAAAAUGCGCCUGGAACAAGAUUUGAAGAAGCAAGCUCUGGACAACAGGGAGACUGAUAAGAAAAUGAAUAGUAUCAAGCCUGACCUGAUUCAGCUCCGCAAAAUCAGAGAUCAGUAUCUUGUAUGGCUCAAUCACAAAGGAGUGAGACAGAAGCGAAUAAAUGACUGGCUGGGGAUCAAAAAUGAAAAUAUUGAUGACACAUACUUUAUGAAUGAAGAGGAUGAAAACCUGCCACACCAUGAUGAGAAAACUUGGUUUGUUGGGGAUCUCAACCGUAUCCAGGCGGAAGACUUGCUCUGUGGGAAACCCGAUGGAGCGUUUUUAAUUCGUGAGAGCAGCAAGAAAGGAUGUUAUGCUUGUUCUGUGGUAGCUGAUGGAGAAGUGAAACACUGUGUGAUCUACAGCACUCCAAGAGGUUACGGGUUUGCUGAACCAUAUAACCUGUACAGCACACUGAAGGAUUUGGUUCUUCAUUACCAGCAGACAUCCCUUGUCCAACACAAUGAUUCCCUAAAUGUCAGGCUUGCCUAUCCUGUCUACGCACAGAUGCCCCCCUCUCUCUGCAGAUAA